AUGACAUAUGAAUCGAAUAGCACUCUCGUUAUCGACGAAAUUGAUCGUCUAUUCGUGAUAUAUGACAGAGCAAAAGAAUAUAUAAAUAAAAUCACAGCUAAUAUAGACCAACAAAUUAAUUCAUGGGAGUAUCGUCGACAAAUCAUUCUCGAUCAAAUGAAUCCAACAUCAUCAUUUGAUUUUCUUUUACCAAAAACUCAACGUAUUAAUGAAUUAACGAUUGAAGCUGUUCAAGUUUUAUGUCGAGCUGAGGUAUUAAUGGAACAAGUUCUUCGUAUUGAUCCAAGAUCAUCAGUACAAAUACCUUCAGUACCAAGAUUAACAUCAUUUUCAACACGUUCAUUCGAUAACAAUGUGUCACGCCCAAUAACAAAUAGUGUUCAUUCGCGUAUUCAUCAUCCUGUAUCCUCACCAUCAUUGAAUUCAAUCAGUCAACAGCAACUACCGUAUACGGAGUCAAUAGCGAAUAAUAAAAUACUUGGAAAACAAGCAUUACCCGUUCCUGUGCUUCGAACAUCACAACCAACACCAACUAAUCGUUUGUCAUUAGCAGCUACACAAGAAAAAGCUGGCUUUAAACCUAUUGAACAGCAGCGAUCAUCAACUAUUGCCGAUACUACACCGCGGCCAACACCAAUUCACCCACAAACCGCUUAUUAUCCAGCUAAUGAAGGACUUCAUUUUAUGCGUUCAGUACCACAAACAUAUCCUACACGAUCACCACAAUCGGAACAUGGGACGACGUCUUCUAUGAUAGCUGCUUCAACAAGUCACAUGACUUCUAAUUAUUCACAACCACCUCGCGGUAAAGUUCAAGUCAAAUUACAACGCAUUCCACCUGGCACAAAAUGGCCACAAGCUAAGAUCGAUGUUGUUGAUUCACUUUCGGCAUUCUAUGUUGAAAAUUGUGAUCCAAAAGUACGUGAAAGUUUUGAGCGUAUGCUAGAAAAUCUUCAUGAUUAUUAUAGUAGUCUAGAACAAUCAAAUAAAUUAAUGCCUUUAGAAAAUAUCGGUAUUGGUGAUUUCGGUGUAGCAAAAUAUAAUGAAGAUGAUCACUGGUAUCGUGCACGUGUAUUACAUUGUGAAGAAAAUGAUAAUAUACGAAUUGUUUUUAUUGAUUUUGGAAAUAUUGAAAAAAUAAAUAUUCAUGAUUUUUUUCCGCUUGAUAAAUUAUAUACCGAUUUACCAGCGCAAGCUAUUGCUUGUACUCUAUCUGAAGCUUAUCCUCGUACGCCAAAUGAUAACGAUUCGAUAUGGCCACAAGACACUGUUCAAAUAUUUAAAGAUGCAGUAACUGACUCAAUAGUUGAAGUUACAUUUUCCAAGUCCGAAGAAGGAACGGAACAAUGGCCUUUGCAUUUCGUAGUAAUUACUGUUGGUAAUCAGACUGUGACAAAUUUACUAAAUUUGAAACAACGCAUUGAACCGAAAACAAACCGUUAUAUUGCUGAAAGAUUAGCAAAUUAUCUUAAUCACCAAGAAUAUAUUCUCUUCAAUGUGCCGAUUGGCGAUAGUGACUUUAAUUGA